CCCGCCCUGCCCGGCGCUCCUCCCGCGCAGCCCCACCCGGCUCACUCUGCUGCGGACGGGACGGAGCUCAGACAGCUUGCUCUGCGCUCUCCGGGGUCCCUGGUAAAGCUCUCCACGCCACAGUCUCCUUGGGUGCCCCGUAGGCAUCGAAGUCGCCAUGUUCAGCUGGCUGAAGAAGGGCGGGGCUCGGGGCCAGCCACCUGAGGCCAUCCGCACCGUGACCUCGUCGCUCAAGGAGUUGUACCGCACAAAACUGUUGCCCCUGGAGGAACACUACCGCUUCGGGGCUUUCCAUUCACCAGCCCUCGAAGAUGCCGACUUCGACGGCAAACCCAUGGUGCUGGUGGCUGGCCAGUACAGCACCGGCAAAACCAGCUUCAUCCAGUACCUUCUGGAGCAGGAGGUCCCCGGCUCCCGCGUGGGUCCAGAGCCCACGACCGACUGCUUCGUGGCUGUCAUGCAUGGCGAGACAGAGGGCACCGUGCCGGGCAAUGCUCUCGUUGUGGACCCGGAGAAGCCCUUCCGCAAGCUCAAUCCUUUUGGAAAUACUUUCCUCAACAGGUUUAUGUGUGCCCAACUCCCCAACCAGGUCCUGGAGAGCAUCAGCAUCAUCGACACACCGGGCAUCCUGUCAGGUGCCAAACAGAGAGUGAGCCGCGGCUACGACUUCCCAGCUGUCUUGCGCUGGUUUGCCGAGCGUGUGGACCUCAUCAUCCUGCUCUUUGACGCCCACAAGCUGGAGAUUUCCGAUGAGUUCUCAGAGGCCAUCGGUGCCUUGCGUGGCCACGAGGACAAGAUCCGCGUGGUGCUCAACAAGGCGGACAUGGUGGAGACGCAGCAGCUGAUGCGUGUCUACGGGGCGCUCAUGUGGGCGCUGGGCAAGGUGGUGGGCACACCCGAGGUCCUGCGUGUCUACAUCGGCUCCUUCUGGUCCCAGCCGCUCCUUGUGCCGGACAACAGGCGUCUCUUCGAGCUGGAGGAACAGGACCUCUUCCGUGAUAUCCAAGGUCUACCGCGCCACGCGGCUUUGCGCAAGCUCAACGACCUGGUGAAGAGGGCGCGGCUAGUGCGGGUGCACGCUUACAUCAUCAGCUACCUGAAGAAAGAGAUGCCCUCGGUGUUCGGGAAGGAGAACAAAAAGAAGCAGCUGAUCCUCAAGCUGCCUGUCAUCUUCGCGAAGAUCCAGCUAGAGCACCACAUCUCCCCUGGGGACUUCCCGGACUGCCAGAAGAUGCAGGAGCUGUUGAUGGCACAUGACUUCACCAAGUUCCACUCGCUGAAGCCGAAGCUGCUGGAGGCUCUGGAUGAGAUGCUGACACACGACAUUGCCAAGCUUAUGCCGCUGCUUCGGCAGGAGGAGCUGGAGAGUGUUGAGGCUGGCGUGCAGGGCGGUGCAUUUGAGGGCACCCACAUGGGCCCCUUCGUGGAGCGGGGCCCCGACGAAGCGCUGGAGGAUGGCGAGGAGGGCUCAGAAGACGAUGGCGAGUGGGUGGUGACCAAGGACAAGUCCAAAUACGACGAAAUCUUCUACAACUUGGCGCCUGCCGACGGCAAGCUGAGCGGUUCCAAGGCCAAAACCUGGAUGGUGGGCACCAAGCUUCCCAACUCCGUGCUGGGGCGGAUCUGGAAGCUGAGCGACGUCGACCGUGACGGCAUGCUGGAUGAUGAGGAGUUCGCCCUGGCCAGCCACCUCAUCGAGGCCAAGCUCGAGGGUCACGGGCUGCCCACCAACCUGCCCCGCCGCCUGGUGCCGCCUUCCAAGCGACGCCAGAAGGGCUCUGCUGAGUGAGACAGCACGGUCUUCCCUCCCACUUUGCCCUGCUGUGGCUCCCCAGCUCCAGUUGGCUACACGGCUACACGCAGAUCCCUGCUCCGGCCCACUUGCCCUGCCUGCCCGCCUUGCCUGGCUGUAAGGACUCGAGGGGGGGCUACUCCCCCACACCAGACAUUCAGUCAAAGCACUUAUAGAGGACCAGGGGGAGUGACAAACUUUCUCUGUCCCGUCCUUCACAUUUCCACUCUCACAUACACAUGGGCUUGUCGUACAGAAAAACACACAGGCAUCCAUCCGUCAUUCAUAUAUAGCCUUUUUUUUUCUUUCA